AUGGCUACUGCUAUAGCAAAUAAGUCUGCUGCCACCAAGACCGAUCCAUCUAAAUUUUUAAGUGAUAUUAUUGGAAGUUCUGUGAGUGUCAAGCUUCACAAUGGUGUAGAAUACGUUGGCAAUUUACAGAGUAUAGAUGGGUACAUGAAUAUAGUGUUAGAUGAGACUAAAGAAUACGUUAGAGGUCAACCUCUGAAUAGAAGUUAUGGGGAUGUUUUCAUCAGAGGAAAUAACGGUAAGUAG